ACUCGGGCAAGCCCGGCAGCGCCAGGAGUCCAGCUUGCCCUGCCCUGCCCGCCCAGCGCGGCGCCGCGAUGUGAGACUCCCCGGGCCGGAGCGUCCGCAGGGCACGCCAGCUCCGCGAGCGCAGCACCCCGCGCGCUAGGAACGUUGUGAGGACCGAACACAGGAGAGGUACCCUCGUCUCAGAUUCCAGUGCACAUCUCAGCAUCUGCUCACUGCCCAUCUCAGAGAGGAUACUGAGGCAGCCGCAGCACCAUCUUCUCUUAGGCCCUAAGUAGGGCCUGGCCAUAUCCUUCUCACCCUACACUGGGACCUGGGGUCUGGAAGUCCAGCAGGAACGAUGGCUGAGGCCAGUGUCUCCCCAUGUUCCUCAGCAGAAGAAAACAUGGCAGCCAAACAGCCUCCUCCGCUCAUGAAGAAGCACAGCCAGACAGAUCUUGUGAGCCGCCUGAAGACCAGAAAGAUCCUGGGCGUGGGCGGGGAGGAUGAUGAUGGAGAAGUACACCGGUCAAAGAUCAGCCAGGUUUUGGGCAACGAGAUAAAGUUUGCUGUGCGGGAGCCUCUGGGGCUCAGGGUCUGGCAGUUUCUCUCUGCUAUGCUGUUCUCCAGUGUGGCCAUCAUGGCCCUUGCCCUCCCUGACCAGCUCUAUGAUGCAGUUUUUGAUGGGGCUGAGGUCACGAGCAAGACCCCCAUCCGCCUCUACGGUGGUGCCCUCCUUAGCAUCUCUCUGAUCAUGUGGAAUGCACUCUACACAGCCGAGAAGGUCAUCAUCCGCUGGACUCUGCUCACAGAGGCCUGCUACUUCGGGGUGCAGUCCUUGGUGGUCACUGCCACACUUGCUGAGACCGGCCUCAUGUCCCUGGGGACCCUGCUGCUCCUGGCCAGCCGCCUCCUCUUUGUUCUUGUCAGCAUCUACUACUAUUACCAAGUCGGCCGGAAACCCAAGAAAGUGUAGCGGGCUGGGACCUGCCUGGGCCUGAACCUGGGCCAGAGCGCCUGGGGACUUCACUGUCCCUGGGUCCCAGGCAGGCCUGCAGGCAGGCAGGGUGCACACACCUUCCUUCCCUCCCGGGCACUCCAUGGAGUCAGCUUGGAUCUCCUAGCAUUCUAGGAGUGACAAACCAGACUGUGGCCUCGGCACCUCACCCCUCACCCGGCACAGGGACAACUCCUUGCCCUGUCUUUCUCGGCCUCGAGACUUAAACAGGCACAGUCUAGAGUAGAGUUUUGGGGUCUGGGCUGAGUCAAGGUUAGUUCCUCUGCCGGGAAGCCCUUUCUAGGAGAUUGUAUCAGCCCCAGCAGCGGCUCUCAGCUUCUCCCCAGCCAGAAACCCAGUGUGUGAGUCUCUCUCUCUCUCUCUCUCUCUCUCUCUCUCUCUCUCUCUCUCUCUCUCACACACACACACACACACACACACACACACACACACACACACACACACACACACACACGUUUCUAGAGACCAAAUCCAAUUGAGGUCUUCUAGCAAGGGGAGUGACUGCUUCCCUUGGGCCAAGUUCCCUAUCCCCAGCCUGCACAUCUGACCCUCUCUUUGGCCUGCUGUAAGAGAUGUUCUGAUUCUCUGGCUGGCUGGCUGCAUCCCAGAGCCCUGGAGUCCUUUCUCAACAAGCCAGGGUUAGACAAUAUACCACAGGCCUGACAGUCCCUGGCACCUGGCUGUCUGUAGACUCCUAGUGCAUGAGGAAUUCUGAGGAGAAGCAAAGUGGGGACAUUUCCUUGGCAUGGCCUCCAAGGCCUGCAUGGCUACACCUGGCUCAAUGCCUCCUUCAGAUCCCCGCCUGAGGCUGCCCCAAGGCCUACUGGUUAAAGCCAACAGCCCCUCACAUGCAACAACAGGAAGAGACAGAAAUGAGCCUCCCAUCCCUUAGCAACCUCUAGUGGGCCUCUAGAGCUGAAGACACGCCCCUGGCGCCACCAGCCUGUGUGGCCCCUCCCCUUGGUCCUAACUCCCAGCACCUUCCUGUCCUUUAGCAGCAAAGCACACAAGUAAGAGGUUUGGCCUGAGGCCUCUCCCUUCUGCACGGGGGUAGCCCCCUAUGCUCCAGGAAUCUUUCUCUAGCACACCUGGGCUCAGAGCCUCCCUGGGCUCAGUUGUUCCUGUUGCCAAGUGCCCCAUGACAAUGGCCUAUGCCUAGUGGAAGGGACUCAGGAAGUUUCAGCGGAAGACAUGCUCACCACUGGCCAGGGCUUUUUCUGUAACCAAGGUCUGGCAGAGUGGUGAGUCCCUGCGUGUUCAGGAAGGGCCCACUGUGUAUAUCUGCCUCUUGUCACUGACUUUGUGCCAGUCCCUCAGUCCCACCACUUGAUUCGGAGCACAGGCUCAGCCACUGCCAGCUCUUAGUACAGUCCCAGCUGCCGUAGACCAGGUGACAUUUGUUGACUGUUCUCAGAGGUGGUAAGGAUUUAUUCUCUUCAAUCCUCUAAGAAUGCAGAUAGAGUCCCAAGGGAGGUAGUCGCAGAAAGAAAGAUGCCAGCCAUGCACAGCCUGAGAAAACGUCUGCCAGGCUUCCCCUCAGCACCAGGAAGUGGUAGGGCCUGCCCUGGCGGUGGUGGCUAGGUCAGCCUGGUAUGACUGCAGUGAUACAUUUAGAUAGGGUGGGGUCAAGGCCAGACCAAGGCUGGUGUAUAGACGUCUGUGGCCUCCGGGAGACAUCAGCUUGAAAGGUGGCAGCAAUGGAGAUAGGGUUCCACCCUGAAUCUGAGUUCAGGGUGCCCUGACUGCCCCUUCCCCACCCCAGCUCCUCCUCGUGCUUCUGCCUGGCCCCAAAGACCGCCUCUGUCAUGGUCACUAUUUAUUCCUUGGUCCUUUUUCUUUUUGUAAGAAACAGUCACAAAAAAACAAAACAAAAAAAACCAAUGAGAAACAA